AUGGCGAAAUCCAUGGGCUUCAAUCCGGCCGCGGGGCUGUCCGGCCUCCUGAAAGAAGGACACAAGCACUUUGAAGGGGUGGAUGAGGCCGUUGCGAAGAACAUUGACGCCGUCAAGCAGCUCGCAGAUAUCUCGCGCACAUCGCUUGGCCCCAACGGCAUGCGAAAACUCGUGAUUAACCACUUGGACAAGAUUUUUGUCACGUCCGACACGGCCACGAUCGUGCAGGAACUGGAAGUUGUUCAUCCCGCUGCCAAGAUGGUCGUGAUGGCGGCCAAGAUGCAACAAACCGAGUAUGGCGACGCCACCAACUUGGUCGUCAGCAUUGCCGGCGAACUGCUCAUGCAAGCCGCCGGCCUCUUGCGCAUGGGCCUCCAUGCGUCUGAAAUUGUCACAGGGUACAAGAAAGCUUACGAAAAGGCGCUCGAAAUUCUGAACACGUUGGAACUGCACACGAUUCGCGAUCUGCGCAACCAAGCCGAACUCGAAAAGAUCAUCCGACCUGUCGUCGGUGCCAAACAAUACGGGUACGAAGAUGUACUGGCGAAGUUGAUCGCAGAAGCUUGCUUGAACGUGUUCCCGAACAAGCCCAAGGCCCCCAAAGUCAACGUGGACAAUAUCCGCGUGACCAAGAUCAUGGGCGGCAACGUGUUUGACUCGCGCGUUGUGAAGGGCAUGGUUGUCCAGCGCGACACGGAAGGUAGCGUGAAGAAGGCAGAGAGUGCCAAGGUUGCGGUCUUUGGGUGUGGCAUCGAAGUGAGCUCGACAGAGGCCAAGUCGACGGUGCUCAUCAAGACCGCGGACGAACUGAUGAACUACAACAAGGGCGAAGAACAGCGCCUGGACGAAGCGAUUCGCGCCAUUUCCGAAAGCGGCGCGACCGUCGUGAUUGCUGGAGGGUCCAUUUCUGAAAUGGCGCUGCAUUUUCUGGAAAAGUACAACUUGAUGUCGAUCCGUAUCCAAAGCAAGUGGGAGCUGCGCCGGCUGUGCCGCGCCGUGAACGCGACCGCGCUCGUCCGGUUAGGCGCGCCGACCCCCGAAGAGAUGGGGUUCUGCGACCACGUAGCGGUCCAAGAAGUCGGGGGCAAGAAGAUCACCGUGUUUCGGCAAGAUGAAGAGGAUGCCAAGAUGGCCACCAUCAUCCUGCGUGCGAGCACAGACAACGUGUUGAACGACCUCGAACGCGCCAUUGAUGAUGGUGUGAAUACAGUCAAGGCGGCAUGCAAAGACGGUCGCUUCGUUGCGGGCGGCGGUGCCACCGAGAUUGAAGUGGCCCGUCAAAUCGAAGCGUUUGGCAACACAACCCCCGGGCUCGACCAAUAUGCGAUCAAGAAGUUUGCGGAAGCGCUCGAGAUUGUUCCUCGAAUGCUCGCCGAAAACGCAGGCCAACAAGGCACCCAAGUGAUAUCAUCGUUGUACGCGGCCCAUGGUGCGGGCAAGCCCAACGCGGGCGUCGACGUCGAAUGCGAGAGCGAGACGGGUGUGGUGGAGAACAUGCUGGCGGCGAAUGUGGUCGAUCAUUUGGAAACGAAGAAGGCGGCGCUGCGCCUGGGUGCGGACGCUGCCAUUACGGUGCUGCGAGUAGACCAGAUUAUCAUGGCCAAGGCCGCGGGAGGGCCUAAGCCUCGAGGCGCCUAA